AGUCCGACAUCUACAUUACAUGAUAGACACUGUUGCGGGAUACUGAGCUGGACAGCAUUAGAGAUCGAACCUUAUGAGGCCAGUUGUCUUUCCGUCAUCUUGAAGAGGCAUCAACAAGAAGAAAUGAGAAAGAGAGUUCAUGUAAGUAUUGAAAGAAAUACAAUCCUGUGUGUACGGUACAUUUUUUUACUAUCAAAAUCUCCCAAAUAAGAAGAGGAAAUGAGAAAAUCUCUUUUUCUUCCCAUCAACCCUCCAUUACAUUACUCUACCAGUCUUGCACUAAUUGGAAGUGAAAAUCUACUAUCCUUGAGGGAAAAUGAGGGACUACUCGUAGUUUACAAUUUUUGUAGCAGUACCAUGAUGGGCCGUUGCUGAGGUGAUAAUAGGGACCUUAAGAUCCGAGGACGGCGACGGCAGAGAAAACGUCGCUGAAAAAGUGAAUUCGUGUUCUUUCAAUCUUCAUCGCGAUUACUCCAAGUCACUAACUUCUUCAAAUGUAGGCGAACCAUCCUAAAGUUGAAUUCCUAAGAACCAUAGCCAAGUACAGAAAGAGAGAGGAAAUUUAGCCGUCGCUUGUGUACUUCCUCUGUACAACGUUAAAUUAGGUAUUUUCACGUCGUAGUCGUGCAGUGACGGCAAAGAAAUGUACAAAAAAGCGUGAUGCACGUGCAAAAUUGUUGUUUUGCUAAUUAAACCUAUUGCUUUUGUGGCGUUCCCGUUGCCGUCGCCGUCGUCGGAUCUUAAGGUCCCUAAUACGUGGGGGGGGGGAUACUCCGGUAAUUCGGAUGGAAGUGUGCUGCAUGCUAUCUGCAACACGUAACCCAUUUCAGACUAACUGGCACGAUUUGCUAAGCAGUGUAAAUAAAGAUCACUUUAACAAGCACCUUUUGCAACUUAUUUACAAUGUACUUACAGUAACAUCAGCAGACGAUCAAAUAUGUGACAAAAACAUAUUUUAUUUAGUUACUUAGACACGUCCUGGCUUUCUGUAACUACUACUUCUUUUUUUUCUUCUUCUUCUCUGAAGGCGUGAUGGAUUUGUCUUCACCCUUUCGUUUUUCUGCAUUCUUGUUAGCUUUGGGCAAAGGAUAUUAGUAACAGUCAGUACAAGUAGACCCGUAUGCUGACCCAUUUUAAAGGUUCGAUUUCAGUUUAUUAUCGAACAGCGACUGACAGGCUAGCCAUAAUUGUAACACGCACAUGCCCUACCCGCCCCGCUUUCAGAGGUACUAGUUACCCCAGAGCCAACUAUAGACCUGGUGUACAACCAUUUAUCUGAAAAUAAGUUGAAUUUGCGUGUGAAUGAAAAGCUAUUUCAUAUAACAGGAUGAACACCAGGACUGGAUUCGAAAGCAAGUGUUGAGGUACAAUGUUAAUUCAUAAAUGCCUUACUACGAUUAAUUCCUAGUUUUACGACUUUCUUGCAAUGUUAGUUUAACAAGGCUAUUUGUAAGCAAAGGGAUAUCGAGGUGGCCUUUCCCACAAGCAGGAGAGGUCUCGCCAAAAACAAGCUAAACACUUAUGCGAUAGUGCGAUUUCGCACAAUUGACCUCAAAUCGCAUCCGAUCGCCAAAGGCAAGCUAAAAACUUCUUGUAUUUCAGUAAAGCAAAUUAUUGAUAAUGAUGAUGUUGAGGCUAAUCCUCCUCCUCCUUUUCAUGAUGAGAAGGAGGAGGAGGAGGAGGAGGAGAAGGAGGAAGAUAAUCAAGGCGCUGAUGAAGAGAAGAUGACAAUAAGAGAGAAUAACAAUGAUGAUGAUGAUGAUGAUGAAGAGGAACUAAUGAGAGUAUUUACUUGGCGUGUGGAUGGUCAUGAGUACAAGCUACCGAUGAAAAAGAUUUUAGUUUGCUCCAGCUCACAGCAAUCACGACUAGUGGUAAUUACAGUUGAUGUUUUCAAUUUGAGUAUAGUUAAAAAAAAAAAAACUGAACAAAUUUAGGCUCGGCUGAAAUUCAAAUCCUGGACCUUUAUGAUGAUUGGACACAAAUGAAUGGACGGACAGAAAGGAAGAGACUGGCUACUUUACACUCUGGUGGAGUGCAUGAUGGCUAAGAAGAGUAAAUUGGUAUGAAACUAUAAAGCCAAAAAUAACACCAUUGUCAAUUCUUCCUAGUCAAUAAAAAUACACACUUGGCACACACCCAACACAAGAUGAGCAUCCAAGCGAUAGGGAUCUCACGCUUGAUGAAUAAUGCACAUUGAUUUACAUUAUUUUUGUGCCCUCUUUAGUAUACAAGGUUCAGCAGGCACCCUCAUUGAUUUAAAUGAUACUGGCAAAUGUUUGAUUCACCGUCUUUGCUUGACGUUUCCCCUCCAUCUUGUAAAGAAUCCUUUUUAUCUGCACGCCAAACAAAAUAAUUUCUAAACUAGGUAAUAACCAAAGGUUAGGGAGUGCAGGCGACAACGAUCAGAAGUCCAAACGCUUUUGCUUCACGGCUGUGCUUUGCGUUAGUUUCACGUGACAGUUGAUCAAAACACAUGUGAUCAGAUGAUGAGGGGUAGGAAGUCGAAACGCGCAUGAUCAAAUUGCAUUUUGUGCAUUCCAUUCAUACUUAGUGGAAAUCUAAAUGAAUGCUGGCUACAUAUAUGCGACGCAUGCGUUAUAACAACCUGGAGAUUAGGAUUGUGGGCUCCUCUUGUUAUCCACAAUGAAACACAACAACUUACGUGUGCAAGUUAAUCAAAUGCAAGUAAUUGACAGAAGAUCAUCUUAGUUGUAGACACAACAGUUGUAGCAUUCAGUUGUUAAUUUGCAUAUUUUUUAGGGACGUGGCUUAUUCAAACAGAAGCCAGUAGACUUUGAAUGAAAAGUCAAACUUAGCGCUGUCCACACGCAUUUCUAAACUGCAGUAGCUAAGUAAAAACUGUUUGUAAAGUCAAACUGCAGACAUAUGACAUGUGGUUUCAGUUUCUUUUAUCACACAAAGUGCAAUUACUCUAUGUAUGCUAUAAUGGAUAGUUUACUUUGUCUACAUGAAAAAAUUAAUACUCUGACCUGGUAUAUGAACACCUGCUCAUACUGCCGUGAAGGGUGGCAGUUAGUGGUGAUCCACUUUCAAGAUUGCAUCCGCGAAUUCUGCUUCAGUACAGAAACCACUGUGCACAAAAGCCCUAUCUGACAUGGUUUCCAUGCAGGGACAAGAGCUAUCUGUCACUGUAGACAUUAAUUAUUCUACUUUAAGUACAACACAUGCACAAAAUGCAUGUGUCACUAUAACAGUGAACUUUCUAUAGUUACCUGAUGGAUUCCACAACGCACUCUUCACAAAUCUCUUAGAAGCACCCUUAUCAAUCCUUAGAGAUGCUAUGACAAAACAAAUUUUAAAAAAAAUUAUAAUAAUUCUCCCCUCUCUUUAAUCAACCCUCAAACUGCCCCUUAUAAGCUCCCCUACCUGUAAACAAAACAAUACAUCUAAACUUUGUAAAUCAAAAGCAACAGGUCUUGACAAUAUUUCUGGCAAGUUUCUGAGUGUUCUGUGAUUUGAUUUCUGAAUCAUUGUUGUGUCUAUUUAAUUUGUCAAUUAAAAAGAAAAUAUUUGCGAUCAGUGGAAAAGCCCAUGAGUUACUCUACUCUACAAGAAUGAAGGAAAUCGUUCAGAUAUGACUAAUUAUCGCCUGAUAUCAAUCAUCCCAGUGAUUGCAAAGAUUUUUGAACACAUAAUUUAUGAUUAGCUGUAUAAACGCUUGACAGAUAGUAAACUACUGUCAAGUCAUCAAUCCGGCUUUCAUUCUGCUCACUCUACCAUUACUAAUUAAGGCAAUUGAAAGUUGGUCAUUGAAUAUUAACCAGGGCCCAGUCGUUCAAAAGCCGAUUAGCGCUUAACCCGGGGUUAAAUUUAACCCGGAUUUCUUUGUCUGGUGUUCAAAAGCAUUUUAUUGCAUAAUUUUCUCUGUUAUUUUUAAAGCUUCCAAUCAUCAACCUGUAGACAAAAAGAAUUAAAACUGAAAUGCUUUUUAAGCUUUCAAAUCUGAAUUCAAAUCUUGCACUAACCCUGGGUUAUCUUAACCCAGCUUUGAACAACUCAGCACAGGGCAACAUUAAUGCUGUUGUCUUUCUGGACCUCAAAAAGGCUUUUGAUAGGGUUCAUCAUACCGUACUGCUAUUUAAAACUUAACUGUUAUGGUAUGACCGGCCUCAAAGGAGACUGGUUCAGGUCAUACCUUAGUAGUCGUACACAGUCCUGUGCAGUUAACAACUGUAAGUUGGGAAGACAUUUGUUACAAGUGGUGUGCCUCAGAGGACCAUUUUAGGCCCCUUAUUAUUUUUAUUUUACAUAAAUGACUUGCCCAAUUGUUUGCGUCACUCUCAAGCGAAAAUGUACACCAACGAUACCACCAUUACCUAUGCUGGCACUGACAUCAACAAUAAUAUUAAUGAGCGGCUUAAUUAUGAUCUGAACAAGAUCUAUGUUUGGCUUGCAGCUAACAAUUGUGCUAAACAUAAAAAAACUGAGUUUCUACUAAUUGGUUCAAGACAGAAACUAUCUAAUGUAUCGGACAAAAUAAUAUUGUUAUCAAUGACACUCCAGUUAAACAAGUCUUAGUUUCUAAAUUCCUUGUGUAAAAAAUUGACCAGAACCUGAAUUGGGAUGACCAUUAUUAUUCUGAUGUUUUCUAAAAAGAUUGUGUCUGGCAUUAGUGCAAUUAUAAGCACAUCAGAAACUUUGUUCCUUGUGAAACCCUCCUCACUAUUUAUCACGCUCGUGUACAGCCUCACUUCAAUAACUGCAGAGCAGUGUGGGGAAAUUGUUAAUAACGGCCUCUCCGAGAAGCUGUAG